AUGGAAAUGAGAGUGGUCAUCUUGUUCCUGUUCUUCUGUUCAAGCAUAGUGGUUUUGCUCCUAGUACCCACAACUGAAGCCAUCUCACUUGGAAAUGAAACUGAUAAAUUAGCACUCCUAGCUUUCAAGAAGGGAAUAAUCAAAGACCCCUCAGGAGCUCUGAACUCAUGGAAUGACACUAUCCACUUCUGUGGCUGGGAAGGAGUGUCAUGCAGCAGCCAGCAACCCCAGAGGGUUAUCACCCUCAACCUCAGCAACCGUGGUUUAGAAGGCUCUAUAUCUCCAUCUAUAGGUAACCUUUCCUUUCUCAGGCACAUGCUACUCAUGGACAAUGGUCUUUAUGGUGAAAUCCCUGGUGACUUUGGUCGUUUGCACUCUCUUAGAGUACUUAACCUUAGUUUUAAUUCAAUCCAUGGUGAAAUUCCUGCCAAUCUGAGUCACUGCUCAGAACUCAUAACCAUCCAGUUAGAGAAUAACAAUCUCACUGGUGUCAUUCCUGCUGAGCUUGGAUCCACUCCCAAACUUAAAUCACUAGCUCUGGACAACAACUAUCUCAAUGGAGUCAUUCCACCUUCACUAGGGAAUCUCUCUUCUCUAAUGGAGAUCUCUUUAUUGUAUAAUAGUCUCCAAGGUGAUAUCCCAACAGAGCUUGGCAAUCUUGCAAACCUGACCUUCUUCCAAGUAUCAGGAAACAUGCUCUCAGGUACAAUUCCAUCCAAACUUUUCAAUCUCUCUUCCUUAUAUUUCUUCAGUGCAGCUGGCAAUCAUCUGCAUGGGACCCUCCCACCAAGCAUAGGUACGUGCCUUCCAAAUCUCCAAGUUCUUUUCCUAGGCAUCAACCAGUUUAGUGGACCAAUUCCCAUGUCAUUGACCAAUAUUUCCAGUCUUGAGGCACUUGAUCUUUCACAAAAACAAUUUUUAGUGGGAAAAUUCCUUCUGAGUGGGGCAGGUUGCAAAAUCUGGUUAUCCUCAAUGUCAUCUCAAAUCAACUUGAAGCAAGCAAUGCAGAUGGCUGGCAAUUUCUUGACUCUUUGACCAACUGCAGC